GUCAACUUUGGGAACGCGACAGCGCAGCCGUGUGUGCAUGCGCGCACGCAGAGCGGUUGGAGCAGCGGUUGUUACCAGAGAGAGACAGAGGCUCUUUUAUAGGCUUUAGCGUCUUCUUGCAGUCUCGUUUCCGACUAUAUGCACGCAAUGUCCUCCCUGCUGAACGUAGACAGCCAGCUGAGGAGCAAGGUGGAUACAUUCAGGGAGCAGAUCACCAGCGAGGCUGAACACCUGGUUGCCAGCUUUUUCCCCCAGAAACUUCUGGAGCUGGACAGCUUUCUGAAGGAGCCUAUUCUCAAUGUGGCCGAGCUGAAGGAAAUCCACUCAGAUAUCACUUUUAAAAUCCCAGAGCCAAUUCUCUUCACAAACUGCCACGACGGUCUGGAUACACAAAAUGCCAAAAAGAAGAAGCUGGAAGAUGGGGUAGCUGAUGAGAACUGCCAAGGUGGAGCCAAAAUGCUGGUGAUGCCAGAGGGGAUGAUGAAAAGCAACGCACAGCUAGUGGACCUGAUCGAGCGAGUCAAGCCAGAGAUCAGGACGCUCAUCGAGAAAUGUAACACCGUCAAAAUGUGGGUCCAGCUCCUUAUUCCCAGGAUAGAAGAUGGAAACAACUUUGGGGUCUCCAUACAGGAGGAGACGGUGGCAGAGCUGAGGACGGUGGAAGGAGAGGCUGCAUCGUACCUGGACCAGAUCUCCAGAUAUUACAUCACCAGAGCCAAGCUGGUCUCCAAAAUCGCCAAGUACCCCCAUGUGGAGGACUACAGGCGGACAGUAUCAGAGAUUGAUGAAAAGGAGUACAUCAGUCUGAAGAUCAUCGUCUCAGAGCUCAGGAAUCAGUAUGUGACCCUUCACGAUAUGAUUCUGAAGAACAUUGAGAAGAUCAAGAAACCCAGAAGCAGCAACUCCGAUGCUCUAUACUGACAGUCCUCACAAGAAAACACUCAGAAAAAAGUCAGCUGUGGGUCAACAAGUGUUUGCCAAUAAUUUGUCACGUUUUUUUUUUUUCUGGAGUACGUGGUGGGCGGGUUUACAACCUCAGGACAAUUCCUUCAGUGUCAGAUAAGCUGUCACUGCUUAUCUGGUAACUAUGAUGAUAUUUUGGUGCUCAGUGUUUGGUUCUAUAUGUCAAACCCCAGUCAUGUGACUCCAGCCAGAACGAGCCAUAGAAAGUAUUUGGAAAAUAAUGUUUGAUCCAAGAUCUCAUGCACUCCACCCCAACAUGUACACUAUAUUCUUCCCAAUGCCCUCUUCUCAAAUGCUCCCAUUUCCCAAAUGCUCCUACCCCAGAUUCCCACUGGGAUUUUCCUCAGUUUUUGGUUUUCAUGUCACUCUGCAGUCGCUGUCAUGAGUCACUUUUUUGGGAUGUUUUGGAUAAUGGAACUUCAGUGCUUGGGGUCUUAAUUUUUGGAUUCUCUCCCAGAACUUGCUCUCUCUUCCCCAAAGCUUCUUGAGAUCCAUCGCAAACCCCACACCCCCACCCUUUUGCUCCACUGGGACAGAUGCUAAGGAGUCUUUAGCGAUGAGAUUUUCCCCUGUUUGUCAGGAGAUUUUGCUCUCUUAGAUGGUGUUACUGCCAAGUCUUUAUUGGCUUCUGGACAUAAAAUUAGGAGACAUAUUGAUGGUUUCUUUGAUUGCUGGAUUUUAGAAAUUAUAUGGGAAAACAAGUCUUAAAAGAUUUGGCAAAGUAUGUGAAAGUACUGUUCAGCCCCAGUGAUUUGACACAGAUAAUAUAGGACUAUCAGCAUCCAUCACAUUCAACCUGGACUUAAAUUUUUUGAUUCCAGUCAAGAAAUUAAGUUUUGGAAAAAUGUGUGUAAUUUUGAAAUCGUCCAGCUCGACUCAAACGCUCAUUCUCAUGAUAGAUUCCUGUUCUCCUCAAAUGGAGCGUAUUUUUCUGCCUUUACCCUCCCUUUUUUCUUGUCAUGUCUUCAUCAUAUGUCAUCUUGUCAAAUGCUGACAUGGUGAUAUUGAACCCUGAGGGUGAAAAUUCAACUUUUUGUCCAAGGACACCUCAGAGCCCACAGGCUUUAACCUGGGACAUUUCUGUUACCAGCUGUUGUCUCUAACCACCAGACAACCAUGUGAUAUUUUUUUUUCUUUUUUUAUGGAACUGUGAGAAAGUUGGGACUCAUCUAGCAUCACUUGCUGGACCCACAACAGUAAGAAUACACAUUCAGUAAUGUGCCUCUGUCUCUCCACUGAUCAAGCAGGCUUGAACUAAACUGGAACUUGAACAAAACAGCUCCCACCAGGUCAGUGGGACCUGGAACCAGUAAUAGUACUUUGUGUUGCUCAUUUGCUUUCAUGAUGUUUUAUUUGUAUUUUUUAAGACUUAAGUGCUGAAGGAACAGACCUCUGUGUGCAUGCAUGCAGGUUUUGUGAGUCUGUAUGUCUGUGUCCACUCAUGUGUGUGUAUGAUUGCAAGUACACUAGCAUACUGGACUAUACAGUGUUUCCUACAGGUUGGCGGUUUACCUUGGGACAAAUGUUUUUUUGACAACUUGUUAUUGUAUUGGCAUUGUGUCUUUUGCCACCUUUUGUACUGCUACCUGUGUCUCAGUUCUGGACAUUGCGGUUCAUUAAUAUGUUUUCAGCAUGUUGGCACUAAACUAUCGAUAAUUUGAAUUUAAAUCAGCGUGAACCACCAGCAUCAGCACCUUAGAUACAUCCAAAACAAAUUCACAUGUGCCAAAUAUUAACAUUGAAUGGGAAACACUGCUGUGCUAGUGCAUCUUUUCUGUGUGUGUGUGUGUGUGUGUGUGUGUGUGUGUGUGUGUGUGUGUGUGUGUGUGUGUGUGUGUGUGUGUGUGUGUGUGUGUGUGUGUGUGUGUGUGUUACAUCCAAAGUACAAGUCAUGCUGUCAAAUAGAACUAGUGAUGCAUAUUAAAAUUAAAAGUGCAUCUUAAAAUUGUAAUUCCCUGUCAAGUACUUUGAGUCUGCUGGUUUUUAUUCCAACUAAACACAACAGCAGUGCAUUUUACUUAUCAUUGACCAGCUUUCUGGUUGAGUUUGUGGCAUUUAAUGAAAUGACUCCUGCUGGGUAGGAAUAGAAAUCUGCAUACUCUACAACCUGACAGUAUACAGGCCACCGAGUUUUUGCCAUGUAUAAAGAAAUGGCCUCUAGUAAGCUUGCAGUGAUGUUAACUUGGAUUCUGUUAAAGGGGAAUUUCUUCUUUUCAUGUGACAUUAUGGUGGUUCCUUGACAUGAGAGCCAUGUGUGGCAGGAAUGUAAAAAACGGUAAUGUGAAGUUGCUAAUGCUAAGUGAAUGGGAAGUCACAAGAGCCAUGGUACCAUGCAUUAUAGUAAUCUGUUACAUCAUUUUAUGCUCUCAUAUCACAACUGGAUUUGUGAGGAUGACACAUUUUUACACAAAUGUAUGUUUUGACCACGUGAUAUCAACUUGACCAUCACUUAAAAAUACCUAAUUUAGUGUUAAAAGGGGAAGUAAUGCCCAGCAUAGUCUCCUAGUUUUUGUCGUCAGUGCCUCCUUAUUUUAAGAGUGAUUAUUUUACUUAAUAAAAUUAUUAUUUUCGAA